UUUUAAUCUUCAAUAAUAUUAACAUUAACAUUGUUUUUUCACAAGUAAUUAUAUAGUGACUGGUGAUGCAAAUGGUUACAUCUGCUUAUACGAUUAUGAGAAACGUAAGAUCAUACUACGGAAAAAAACUCCACCUUUUCCAGAUUUUCGUCCAGUGAUGGAUGAACAAGUAAAAAGUGGACACAUAAUUUACAUCACGUGUCCAUUGAGCCACGAAGGACUGAUUGGUGUUACAGCAUUAAAAUAUUCCCAAAUAGGUGACAUACUCGCGUGUGGUCUUGAAAAUGGAUCGCUUUGGAUGCUGCAUCCUAUCACUUUGGAACCCAUUGAUAAAAAUCCUUACAAACAUUCCAUGCAGUCAAUUCACAAAUUGGCUUUCUCAGACUGUGGAGAAUAUCUGGCUUAUGCAGAUAACACAUUGGUUGUAGCAGUAUUUAAGAAGAAUCAUAAAAGAAGCAACGACGAUGAUAAUAUAUGGAACUUUAUUGGAAAAUAUCGUUCGCACAACGCAGAUAUAAAAGACAUACUUUUCGGUCCAGCUACCAUCGAAAGUAUUGUAUAUCGAUUAUUUUCAAUAGCAGAAGACAAAACUUUAAUUGAAUACAAUCUUAAAAAUAGCGGUCCAUAUCCUCUUCCGGGCUUAAAAAUACUUCAUGUUUAUAAAAUCGAAAAUGAUGCUAUACCUUUUUGUCUCGAAUGGUAUCCACAAUUUGGCAUUGAAGGAUUGCUGACGUAUUCUACUUCCGAAUAUAAAUUUAGAUUGCUAAACGAUAUGACGAAAUUGAUUCGAGGAACGUUUUUGGGACCCCUUUAUAGUUCACCAGUUAAACACAUUAAGGUAUUAUCUAGCAAAGAUCUCAAAAUUCUUAGAUACAUGGUAUUUGCAACUGAUAAAGAAAUAGGUCUUCAGAUACUUCCCUUUGAUGGAAAUCCUUACAAAAUUCUAGGAAUGAUUGGACAUCCGCAUAAGAUCACACAUAUAUGCGUUAAUAAUGAUGGAAACCUUUUGUUCACUUCUGGUUACAAUGAUCCAUCUAUAUUAAUAUGGAAGAUAAAAUACAAGUCUGUUGAUGUGUUAUCACAUCUAGGAGGCAAAGGUCUCUCACCGUAUUACUGUUUGAUAGAAGGUGGUAAAAGUGGUUGGCUUAUUAAAGAGAUGCAAGAUCUGUUUUAUUACUCUCAAAUUUUGCAUCAAGGGGAGAAUAUAACAAGUACCAGAAUAAUAUCCGACAAGGUGAACAUCACCGAAUUGCCAAAUCUUAUGCGUUCUAUUGGAUAUUAUCCAAGUAACGAGGAGAUAGAAAAUUUUAUGGGGGAGAUCGCGUAUAGAGAUUACGCUGAGACCGGCAAUUUAAUCGACACUAUUAAUUUUGAAGAUUUUGUGAAGCUUUAUAUAAAUCACCGUCCAUCUUUUGGAAUUUCUAAGCAUAACAUAUUAGAAGCUUUCAAAAUAUUUUCAAAUCAAUUGCACGAUGAAAAUCCAUUCUUAACUCGUGAUCAAUUUAUGAGGUUGUUGCUUGGUCAUGCUCCUUAUACCAUUAUAAAAAAACAUCAGAUGCCUUUUGGAGAACCAUUAACAAUUCAAGAAGCAUUUACAUAUAUGAAGUUUCUUAUUGGAUUUGAUGAAGGAACUUUUGAUGAAAUAAAUUAUAAACACGAAGCAUCACAGGAUCUUGAUCUUACGUUCUUGCCAGAGAUAAUAUCUUACAAAUAUUUCAUCACGGACAUCUUGGGUAUUGAAUUUCCGGAGGAAACGAGGGCUGACGAUGAUUAAUUAAUCUGUAUUUUGCAUUGCUGGCACAUUAACAUUAAUUAUCAUUACCAUACUAAUAUUAUUAUCAUUAUAAUGUAAUGCGAGUUCUAUUAAACAUGUACGAACACUAACGUAUUUAUCCAUGUUUCUUAAAAUGUUGAAUGAAAAAAAAAAAAAAAAAA